AUGGUUAACUACGAGCCUCCAAGAGUGGAAAAAGAUCCGGAUCACUAUGCCAAAACCCUACAAGACUGUGUAAAGUUCAAGCAGUUCUUUGACCAGCUUGUAGCUUUGGUAUUCACCGCCCAAAAGCUCAGACAUUACUUCUUAGCACAUCAGAUUCAGAUUGUUACUAGGAGUGAUCCAAUCCGAUACCUCAUCAGCAGGCCUGCUAUAACUGGGGAGGUGGCAAGAUGGUUGUUAGCACUGGGUGAAUUCGAGAUCACAUGUGUAGCCCCCAAGGCUAUUAAAAGCCAAGCCUUAGCUGACCUUCUUGCUCAAAUUCCAAGUGGUGACUAUGAACCAGUGAAUGAAGAAGUAAGAGGAGAGGUGCAUGCAGCUAUGGCUUCCGAGGAAAGCUUCUGGACAUUGAGCUUUGACGGAGCAGCAGCCGGAGGGAAGGGAGGAACCGGGAUAGUCCUUACAAGCAAAAGUGGGGAAAAGUUAUAUUUGUCUUAUAAACUGGAUUUCCAUUGUUCGAAUAACGAAGCCGAGUAUGAGGCUCUUAUUUUAGGCUUGAACUCCGGAGGGUCCAUGAGACUCGGCAAUAUUUUGUGGCAGGAAGUCCUCUGGAUUACCCCUGACCCUUUGGAAUGA